AUGAGGUGCGCUACUACGAAUCAUGACUCAUCCUUAAAACCGACCCUCUAUCAGCAGCCGCAGUAUGCGGACUCUCUCUCUUCGCAGUCUACCACCACCUCUUCCGGCUCCGAUUGGUCCGACGCCUCCUCUCAAUCGUCGUUCGAAUCCGUCGCAUCCUCAUCCUGGAGCCUCCGUUCAUCUUCGUCCAUCGAUUCCAUCUGCGCCGCAGCUAGAACCGACUCGUCCUGCGAUCCCCUCGCUAGACAGCCUCUACCUUCCGUUGCCGCUGUUACCGCCGCUGCCGCCGCCUCCGAUGUCGUUCCUCCCGAGUUGCGUCAAAACCCCCGUCGCACCAAUAGCGGUCUUACCUCACGCACCGGGUGCCCUCCCAAGCUCGUGCAUCAACAUGACCGAAAGGUUAACUUCGUUGACAACCUCGUCGAUGCAGCAGCACUCUUGGUCGAGGCCAUCUGGCCCUUGUCCUCCGCUGUCUGCCGAAAUGAGAUUAACAACAAGUCCGUUCUACCCUUGAGGACCUUCAUCCAAGAGACCCUCAAGAGGUCUCGCACUAGCUACUCUACCUUACAAGUAACUAUGUACUACUUAAUUCUCAUCAAGGACCAUGUUCCGCAACUCGACUUCACAAUGGAACAACCUCGGGACCACCAGGCUACGCGUGCCUUGCAAUGCGGCCGCCGCGUCUUCCUUGCCGCGCUCAUUCUCGCGUCCAAGUACCUCCAGGACCGAAACUACUCGGCUCGCGCCUGGAGCAAGAUCUCUGGUUUGCACACACAGGAGAUCAACCAGAACGAGACGGCUUUCCUCCACGCAGUCAGCUGGAACUUGCACAUUACCAACACAGUAUGGAAGCGCUGGACUCGUAUCCUUUUGGAUUUCAGGCCACCUUCGACUCCUCCUUCUCCUGGCGGCAUCAGCAUGAUGCCCUCGAGCCCCCAAAUCUCGGCCUGGAAGAAGGCCAUGCUCCAGCUCGACUCCGACCUCCUUAACGUCGAGCCUUUGAGGAACUAUACUCACGCCUCGUCCCCUAUCGCCCGCGAGACCAGCCCGGUCCUGGCAUUGGAGACUCAGGAACUUCCUCUUACCCCCGUCGUCUUGGAGCCUUCUCCCGUCACUGUCCAUACUCCUGGCCGACUCGUCCCCGCUCUUGGUCUUCUCCCGACCCCCAGACUGACCCCUCAGCCCAGUGGAUUCAGUACUCCUGCAGCGAGCACUGUUCCCCAAUUUCUCGGCAAGGGUUCGUCUAUGGGCCUGGCCAUGAACCACGCCAGCGCCGUCUCCGCUACUCAGUUUCUGGAUUGCUGGAAUGGCACUGCCAUUGCGCCUUCUCCUCAGAACCAGAUUCCUACCCGUCGCCCCUCGCUCUCGACCUUUUCGACGGCUUCUUCUCCCGAGUCGAUGAUUUCCGAUAUUUCGCGCACUUCUCGCUCGUCCUCGAUCUCGUCGUCUGCCUCGCUGGGAAGCGCGACUUCGAACGCCAGAUUGGCCGUUCCAUCGCGAUUCCGUGCUGCGAAGCUCCGCGCCGAGAGGCCCAGCUUGAAGCCGCUCAUCAUCUCGUCGGUUCCCGAAGAUUACGAGCACUGUCUCUCGUCCUCCCCCGAGCCUUACACUGGCAUUGCCGGCAAGCUUGGUGACGCGUACCUUGAGACCCCGCUCGGCCGCCGUGAAAGCGAACUUGAGGCCAUGGUAGGCGAGUCUGUCAACGACGCUGCGCGCACCCUGCACGAACUUCAGCAGUGGGGUUGUGCCUCGGCCAAGACCGGCUCCAUCGCGAGGACCGGUUCGAAGCGAGGCAGGUCUGACUCUUUGGAGAGCUCCCUCCAGGAAAAUGUUAGGGAUAUCCUUAACACUAACGUUGAGGGUGUAGAGCGAUGGCCCGAGACGCUUGUUCGAUCCAAGUCCUUUGCCGAGCGACGUCUCCAGCUCCCUGCUCCUCUGUUGACGCGACGUGGUAGCAAGCGGCUCUGCUGUUCGACCGAGGCCUCACAAGACCUCCGAGGCGAAUACAUGCUCCCUAGCCUCACUGGCGGUCUAGGAAGGUCCGGAAUGUGGGCCGGCAUUCUCCACGACUAA